GACCAAGAGGUCAGAAAGGAGAUGAUGGCACACCUGGUCUAAACGGGACUAAAGGUGACAUGGGACAGAAAGGAGAUCGUGGUAUACCUGGUCUAAAUGCAACUAAAGGUGACAUGGGACAGAAAGGAGAUCGUGGUAUACCUGGUCUAAAUGGAACUAAAGGUGACAUGGGACAGAAAGGAGAUCAUGGUAUAUCUGGUCUCAAUGGAACUAAAGGUGACAUGGGACAGAAGGGAGAUCGUGGUAUACCUGGUCUAACUGGAACUAAAGGUGGCAUGGGACAGAAAGGAGAUCGUGGUAUACCUGGUCUAAAUGGAACUAAAGGUGGCAUAGGCCAGAAAGGAGAUCACGGUAUACCUGGUCUAAAUGGAACUAAAGGUGACAUGGGACAGAAAGGAGAUCGUGGUAUACCUGGUCUAAAUGGAACUAAAGGUGGCAUAGGCCAGAAAGGAGAGCAUGGUAUGCCUGGAGCCAGAGGUCCACCAGGUCAAAAAGGAGUAAUAGGUGCUCAGGGAUCACCAGGCAUUGCAGGAAUUACUGGACCCGAAGGUGCAAAGGGCGUCAAAGGAGAUACUGGACCGACAGGGAGAAAGGGACAAAUUGGCUCACAGGGGCAAAAGGGUGAAAUCGGCGUUCCUGGUGAAAAUGGAUCAACUGGCCAACAAGGGCAAAAAGGAGACAUUGGUCCGCGAGCACAAAAGGGGGAAAAUGGUCCACAGGGGCAAAUGGGAGAAAUUGGACUGCGAGGACAAAAGGGAGAAAUGGGUGUACCCGGGGUAAAGGGAGCAACAGGUCAACGAGGACCUGUGGGAAUUCAAGGGAGAAUUGGAGGCAAAGGAGAAAAAGGAUCAGUUGGUCAACGAGGAGUGCCUGGAACUCAAGGAUCAACAGGCAGUACGGGUCCAAAGGGUCAAAAAGGUCAAAAGGGAACUAGGAGACUUGAAGUAUUUUACAAUGGUCGUUGGGGCACCGUUUGUAACGAUGGGUUUGAUAGCAACGAUGCAAAGGUUGCCUGCAGACAAUUAGGUUUGAGCUUUGCUAGGGCAAGUUAUAGAACGGUUGGAGGUGGUACAGGAAAUAUAUGGUUAGAUGAUUUGGCUUGUGCGGGGACUGAGGAAUCUUUAUUCUCCUGUAGACACAAUGGAAUAGGAUCUCAUGACUGCUACCACAGCGAAGAUGUUGGUGUAACUUGUGCAUGAGGUGUAGCACCGUAGAAAACUCCAUUGGAACAUGUAGAAUUGAAUUACAAUCGUAAUUGGACAGUAUAUGAGUGUGUCAUCACUUAUUACAAGUACUAAGCCAAGAAUAAAUGUUUCAAGGAGCAGGUUUUACUUGACUCAGCAUAUCAAAAAGUGUGUCGGGUUCUCAAAACAUUAGGGGUGGGAACGAGAAGAGAAAUGCAUAUCGGUAAGACGUUCUGUUGUUAUAAUUGACAGCCAUGUAUUCAGUUUUUCUAGAACGUGGGGUCAACCAAGAAAUAUUUUAAUUUUGGACAAUAUUCCUGUGAUUAACGCCACAUUCUUGAAAAGCUAGAGUUUUGAGUGUCAAUUUUUACCAAUCGAAUAUUCUCCUGAUGUACUGGGAACGAUCAAUAUAAUGUUGAAUGAUCUCCAAUUCCUAGAGCUAAUGAUUUGUGGGUGCUUUGUAUACGAUGUUCUUGUAUGAAGCUAUAAACAUGGACGGCAGUACUGUACUGCUCAAAAUGUGCUCAACUAGCAAAACAUUUUAAAAAUAUUUUUAAGAAUAAUUGAAUUCAUAAAGAAAUGGUGUGUGAGGGCCAAGACGUGUAUAUAAGCACCUACCGGGUUACACAUUAAUGAUAACAUUAUUUAUGGCAUAUUUUCCAUACAGACGUUCCCGCUAAUUACCCACGCUCGCUUGUAUACAUGUAGUAAUGAAUUGUAACACUGCAUUUUGACCAGUCAAAACUUUUCCCAGCUUGCACGAAUGUUUAGCAAUAAAUGUACGGUUACGCACGUUAUAACAUUUUGGAAUAUAAAAUUAUCCUGUAAACGUAGGCCACUUUGUACUUUUCAAUGAAUUUUGUUUAAAUUGCUGAGAAAAUACUUGUCAGAAACUAGUUCACCUUUUUGGGACACUCAAUUUAUUCUCUUUGUGUCCGAUCCAUUCAUUUGUAAAUAAAAAUAAGUUUGACACACUUUUUGCGAAGCAUUGCAGAUGGGAAUAUGAUAUCAAGUUUUGCUAACAAUAUAUAUUCGGCUUUGUCUUUCGAUAGAGUUUACAAAAAGUACAUCUUUUUUAGAAUAAAAUAAAGGUGGCAGGAGUGAAUAGAGCUGAUUUGUUAUCCUAGGAAACACUGCCAUCUUUUGAUUAACAUUCUAUUCAAAGCACACUUACAAAAAAGUUAAUGAUAGGCCUAUGUGACUAAUUUUAACAUUGAUAUGUAACAAAAUCCAAGCAAUUGGUUUUCCAAAAUCAAUCGCAAACUAAUCUAUAAAUACACUUUCAAUUCAUCCCAAAUGACUUUUUGUUAAAACUAC